AGCAUGCUGGGACGCUCUGUGUGUGAGUGAGUGAGACAGACCGCGUGUGUGGGUUUAUUUUUUCCUCUCAUUCCUGGGGUUUGAAUGGAAAGCACGUUGAGCUGUAAUUAAGACAUCUUGGAGGCGUACUUAACUUAUGACGUGUUGCUUUUCUUUUCCUCUCGGUGAGAAAGUGGCUCUCUUUUCCCUGAAUCAGGUCCUCUGCCACCUAGAGCCACAAAGAGACACUCGGGACAUAGGCACACACACGCACACGCCAACUUAAGGUGAGCACCAUAAACUUCCUCUGCACUUCGCUGUCCUGUUUCAAACUGUUGGAGAGUUCUGAGAGCAUCUUGACUCGGGAGCUCCACACAAGUGAACAAGAUACUUGUGACUAUGAAGAUGACGAGUCUACUCUUUCUGGUGCUCAUUUCUGUCUGCUGGGCAGAACCUCAUCCUGACAACUCAAGCCUAGAGCAUGAGAGGAUUAUUCACAUCCAAGAAGAAAAUGGACCUCGCCUACUUGUAGUAGCAGAACAAGCUAAGAUCUUCUCUCAGAGGGGCGGCAACAUCACACUGCCUUGUAAAUUCUACCAUGAACACACAUCAACGGCUGGAUCAGGAGCCCACAAAAUCCGGGUCAAGUGGACCAAACUCACCUCAGAUUACCUCAAAGAAGUGGACGUCUUUGUCGCAAUGGGACACCACAGAAAGAGCUACGGGAAGUAUCAGGGCAGAGUGUUUCUGAGGGAAAGCAGUGAGAACGAUGCCUCUCUUAUAAUCACAAAUAUAAUGCUGGAGGAUUAUGGGAGAUACAAGUGCGAAGUGAUUGAAGGAUUAGAGGAUGACACAGCAGUGGUAGCUCUGAAUUUGGAAGGUGUUGUAUUCCCCUAUUCUCCACGUCUGGGUCGUUACAACCUAAACUUCCACGAGGCUCAACAAGCCUGCCUGGACCAGGACUCCAUCAUUGCCUCCUUCGACCAGCUCUACGAGGCCUGGAGGUCAGGGCUGGACUGGUGCAAUGCUGGCUGGCUCAGCGAUGGCUCGGUGCAGUACCCCAUCACCAAGCCCAGGGAGCCCUGCGGGGGGAAGAAUACAGUGCCUGGUGUCCGAAACUAUGGCUUCUGGGAUAAAGAGAAGAGCCGAUACGAUGUUUUCUGUUUUACUUCUAACUUCAAUGGUCGUUUUUACUACCUAAUACACCCAACCAAGCUGACCUAUGACGAAGCCGUGCAGGCCUGCCUGAAGGAUGGUGCUCAGAUUGCCAAGGUUGGGCAGAUAUUCGCUGCCUGGAAGCUCCUUGGUUAUGACCGCUGCGACGCCGGCUGGCUGGCAGACGGCAGUGUCCGCUACCCCAUCUCCAGACCCAGAAAACGCUGCAGCCCCAACGAGGCUGCAGUCCGCUUUGUAGGCUUUCCUGAUAAAAAGCACAAGCUGUACGGUGUCUACUGUUUCAGAGCGUACAACUGAAAAUACCUAGAGCGCAACAGUUUUAAAUUCAUUAAGAACAUGUGAGAGAUUUCGAUAUGAACUCGUGCAAGUUACCAAAACUGUGAUAAACCUUUCUUUCUUACUGUAGAGUCAUUUUCAUAAACCCAACCCAUUAAUUUGUUUUUGUUAAAAUAUUUUUGUAAAAGUAUCAUUCCAUAGAUAUUUAAAAUUAAUAUAAUUUAAUGGAAGCUCUAGGUAAGAAGAGACAAAUUCAUUAAGCUACGUCAUCCCAACAAAAUAUAAGUUUCGUGAAUGGGGCAUGCAAUAGAGCUUGACAAUUGCUAGGACACAAUUAUGGAAUGUAAGGCUACUCAAAGCAGAAGCUUUUAAAAGCACAAAUUUUACAUAUUUGUACCCGUUUGAGAUAUACUGCAAAUUGAUUGUAUCUGGAGUUUUAAAAUAAGAUGUUUUUGUUUAUAGGGAUCAGUGAGGUUUUGCAAAAAAUAAAAAUAAAAAAUAAAAAAAAAGGCAACACAAAACCAAUAGCAAGCUAGAUUAGAAAAGACUGUUUUCACUGUUUUUGCAUGGGAACAAUAUAGAGUUUAAUGAAAGCAGUUAAAACAGUCCAGAAAUAUAGGAUUUAUUUUGCAGCAUAAAACCCCGCCUUUCUGAAAACGAGUCUUGUGAUCCCAUACAUAUUUACAAGCACAAUUACUUCUGACUGUUUCAAUUGUGUUUUGAAUGUGUAUAAAUCACUGAACAGGUGGGUUAAUAAUUUAUAAGAAAACCCUACUUUCUUCUUAACUCAAAUUAAAGAUGCCUGAGAAGUAUUGCAUUACCUUUGAGUAGCUUUACUGAGUUAUUUUAAAACUCUUAGGGCCAUUUGCUAAGCCGCAUAUAGCAUCUACUCAGGGCAGUUGUGUAAAUGAACUGCUGGACAGAAAAAUUAUAGACUUUAGCAGCUUGAAUUUACAUUAGCCUUUGAAAUGUUAUUGUCUUAAUGAAAGAUAUUAUAAUAUUUAAUAUUUCUUAGCUAUUUACACAUCACAAGAAAUAAAAAUUGGAAAAAAAAAUUAAAUGAUUAAGUCUUAGAAGAAGAUUAUUAAAUAAAAUCUGAAACCAGCUAUUAAGGUUUAGAAGAGAAAAAGUACUUUAUUUCCUUACAUCUCACCUGUAUCUAAAUAUACAUCUGCUUUUUAAACUAUCAAUGAAAAAAAAUUAGUACUGCUAGCCCUGAAUUACUGAAAUACUUCCCUCUAAAUCUGUAGUGGUCUAGGCUGAAGAUGUUUACCUAUAUCUGCCAGUGUCUGAGAUAAACUUGCACUGUGCAUGGUGCCUAGGAUUUUCAGCGCUGCCUAAAGUACUAAGUCCUCCUUAAAUGCCAAUUUGAGGGAACUUGAAUUUUCAGUGAAAACUUAUUUUGGAUGCAGCAAUUCUUGGUGCUCAUCUUCAGAUACCUUAACGCAACCAGAUUUCCACAAAGCAGGUGCUCAAGGCUUUCUGAAAAUUUACUCCACUAAUGGUGUCUCAAGCUGGAUAUCCAAAAAACAGAGGCCACUCAUAAAAACAUCUUGGUCUUGAGUAAUCUUUUAGGCAUUUUGACGUUCUCUAUCCAGUGUUGGUUCUACCACUUAAAAAUGUAGAACUCUUUUCCUAUUCCAUGCUUGCUGACAUUUAAGAUAUCAGAGGACCAAUAUUUGUAUUGCACAAAGUUUUGUAUCUUCCCACUGUUUCAAUAUCUAACAGAGAUGUAUCUAAGUAGGCAACAACCAGUAAUCUUUCAUGAAGAGCUUAGGGUAGAUAUGUUCCCAUGGACAUGAGUAAAACUGAUUCCCAGAGUGGCUGUGGUCCUAUGUUAAAAACCUGUGAACAAACCAGGAAUAAUAAACAAUAGGACUGUAGUGGAGAGAUACCAUGGUGUGUGGUAUGUUGUGCUGGAGUUCAUUCCCAUUAAGCUCAGAAGCAACUCUCCAUCCUUCCAAGUCACUGUUAGUAUGACUUCUUUCUCAUACCAUUCAGAUUUAACAGAAGUUGGUGCCAAACUACUCCUUUCCCUUUUUUGUUCAAACUGAAAGCUGGAUGCUCUUGGAGCUCUAUUACUUACUUUUUAUUAGAGAGUAAUUAUAAGCCAAGCCCUUAAGCCCACAUAAUCUUUACCCAUCAGCCAUUUUUUAAAUCAGUGCCCAUUUCACACACUUUCUUAGGGCACCAGAGCCUUUUCCACACAUUUGGGAGAAAAGAGAAACAGAAACGGAAAUAGAAACAAAGAAUACUUGUGCAAGAGGAGGAAUGGAGUGUGCAAGACUGGACUGUGACCAGUAGAAAUACAUGUUGUUCCCCCAUCCAACCUUCAAAAGUAUGGAAACAGAGGCCAACAGUAUUUCAGAGUCUCUUCUGGAGCUUGGACAGGGAGACUGUGGAAUAGGAAAAGCCAUGGGGAAUGUCCCAGAGUAGUUGUUCAUUCAGCUAGAACCAGACCUGCUGCGAAGUGGGCAGAUCCAAAGAUCUGCUUGGCUGGUGGGAGCCUGCAGAUGUUCCUACUGCACAGCAGCUAAGAGACCCUCGUGGAAUUUUGUUUUGUUUUGUUUUGUUUUUUACCUCUCCAGAGAAACCCUUCACAGGGUUUCACCCAGACACAUUUUUUUUGCAGGAUUGGGGAUUAUAAUGUACCUGCAUAAAAAUGUAGUCAUCCAACCCACUCGUGGGGCUGGCUGAAGUGCCCUCACUGCUAGACCAAAGGCACUGCAGGAAAGGCGAAGCGAGCCUUUCAUCACCUUUGCAACAUGUUGGGGAUGGCUGGUCAGGUCCUAAAUCACAGCAGUCUCAGGCUUGCUCCUGCUUAUGCUUUUUGCCUCCACAUCCUGGGGCUGCCGCUGUGACAGCCCGGGCGUAGCACGUCACCCCGCUCUGUGCGUCACCCAGCCCGGCUGGUGGCUGAGCAGGCUCUGCACUACCCAUGCGUCCCCUGGCUCUGGGAGACGUUCUGCUGCUCCCAGUCUGGCAGCAUGACGAGGCCAUGGCACGGCAAGGAAGGAGCGGCGCUGGGCUGCGGUGUGAGCACAAGCGGCAAAAUUAUCGCUCAGCUGUAGCUUUAAGUUCACACUGAAGAUACCGCUUGCUAGGAAGCAAAUGCAAUGUAAUGGAGUCUCAGUACGUGAAUUUACAUCUGUCAUGUUAAUUACAAAAAGCCCAGUAGGCUAACUUGGGAUCAAGCUAGUUUUAGAUCACUAUAUUGAUAUGCAGCAUUAUAUAUAUUAUUAUUACAGGUAAAGUUAAAGGGAUAGUGUGAUGAAAAUAUGUUUGUAAGGAAAAUAUAAUUAGCUCUAAUGUAAGCAGGUUUAAAAACCAUUAAAAGUGUAUGAAUACUUGCUAUAUGGGCACAGAUAGGCAAGAAGACAUGAAUUCUAUUUAUUUUUACAGCUACUGACUCCAUUUCCUUUUAUAAUGUCAAAUGUUAGGAUGUUGUCUUAUUUUUGAAUAAGCUAGCUAGGUGCUUGGAUAAAAACCUUAAAAAGCAGCUUAAGAACUGGAUAAAAGUCUGUGCUAUUUUCUGUUGGUGGGAGAAAAUUCUGUCACUAGAAUCAAUUCAUGUUCUCUGUCGUUAUCUUGUAUUUCACAAUGUAUCUGAAUUUUAAUGCCCAUGAAUGACAACAAUUAAAUCAUGUUGUUUUUUUCAGUA